AUGCUUCCGUCCUGGAGUCGUGCUAUCGCGACUUCCCGCGCUGCAUCUCGAUGCCGGGCAUCAGGUCAAACCCGCCUUAGCCUGCGUAGGCUGGGCCCUUUCGCAAAUGGCAUUCGAUUCUUGUCCGACAAAGCAGAUGCGACAGAGGCUAGCACAGCUCAGGUAUUGCAAGAUUUCAAAAAGACACUGAGCUUCCCUGCAAAGACCUGCACCUAUGACGACCUGCUGCAAGACUGCAAUAGCUUUGUCAACACCGGCGUGACGCUACAUGGCUACCUUGGAACACGCAGAGAUGCAUCCAAGACGCUCACAUUUGCUGAGUUGCAUGAUAUGCACUUGCGGACUUCGAUACAGCUAGUUUCAACCCAGACCAAAGGCGAGGAAGGAAGCAAUGUAGCGCAUUCUCAGCUCCGCACCUUGUUGGAUCAUACGCCAGUAGCGGUGACCGGCACUCUCGUGUCACGAAAGGCCCCAAAGUCCUCCUCUGCGAAUGGCGGGAAGCACUCUCUGGUGACUGGAGCAGAAAUCAAAGUGGAGAACAUCACACAACUCAAUAGCUUUCCCAAGGACAUCAUUCUAGGCAGUGAGACCAUCUUUCCAGCAGCCGAACGACAUCUGCAGCUGCGCAACGAUCGCGAACUGCGCCAUGCUUUAGCUUUCCGCAGCGAAGUCGCUCGCACGAUCCGCGAGGAGCUCAGUCAAAAGCAUGGCUUCUCGGAGAUCGAGACACCACUGCUGUUCAAAUCGACCCCAGAAGGGGCUCGUGAGUUCCUGGUGCCUACGCGGAACCCAGGACUCGCCUACGCUCUGCCACAGAGCCCCCAGCAAUAUAAACAGAUCCUGAUGGCCAGUGGCAUCCCACGUUACAUGCAGAUUGCAAAGUGCUUCAGAGACGAGGACCUCCGCGCCGACAGGCAGCCAGAGUUUACACAGGUCGAUCUCGAAAUGGCAUUUGCCAGCGGCGAAGACGUUAUGGCCGUCGUAGAAGAGACUGUAAAGCAACUGUGGGCUGGUCUCUUGCAAGUUGAAUUGCCGGAGAGGUUCGACCGGAUGACAUACCAACAAGCAAUGUCAAAGUACGGCUCCGACAAGCCUGAUCUUCGACUGGGAUCAGAAAUACGAAGAAUCGGGUACAUGCUACCUGUGGACUUGAUCCAGAAGAUUGGCCCCUUGGACUUUCCGAUUGUCGAAGUGAUGAAGAUACCCAUCUCCGACGACACACAACGAACCCGAGACUUUGUAAACACUUUCAUGGAUUCUCCAGAGGCUCAAUCAUUCGUUCAAAAUCCAGAAGGCCAACCCGGCAUCUUUAUUAUCGACUCUCGCAAACCGCUCCAAGGCCUCCAACCAUUUGGCUUCGAAGCCGCAGAACAGCUCGAAGAAGUCCUCGAUCUUGAAGACGGCGACCUAGUCGUGAUUCAAGCCCGGAAAGAUGCUCCCUUCUCUGGCGGCUCCACGCCGCUAGGGAACCUCCGCCUCGCUAUGCACAAAGCAGCAGUCAAACACAACUACCUUCCUGCGCCACAAGGCUUUGCUUUCACAUGGAUCACCGAUUUUCCUCUCUUCUCUCCUAUCAACGAGAACGAGCCCGGUCAAGGAGGAGCCGCAGGCAUAACGGCGACACAUCAUCCAUUCACAUCACCCAAAACACCCGAGGAUGUAGACCUUCUGGUUACAGCUCCUCUACAAGUGACAGCAGACCACUACGAUCUAGUGGUCAAUGGCGUCGAACUAGGCGGUGGAAGUCGAAGAAUCCACAACGCUGCAAUGCAAGAAUAUGUCAUGCGUGAAGUCUUGAAAAUGAGCGACGAGCGCAUGAAAGACUUUGCACAUUUGAUUGAAGUUCUCCGAGCUGGCUGCCCUCCUCACGCAGGCAUGGCCCUGGGCUUCGACAGACUGAUUGCGGUCAUGCUCGGAAAAGAAUCUGUGCGGGAUGUUAUCGCCUUCCCCAAGAGUGGGAAAGGAGAAGACUUGCUGGUUAAGAGCCCAACGAAAAUGACCAAGGAGCAACUCGAGACAUAUCACUUGAGUUUGAAGAGGUAG